UUGUUGUGAGUUGCAUUUGUUUGAGCUGAAGUUCGUCUUUGGUGGUAUUUUUAAAAUUAAAAUCAACAUCAGCUGUCAGAUCUUGAUUCAAAAUGUGAUAAUAUUUUAUUGCAUAAAAAUAUUAUUUUAAUUAAAAUAAUUAUUUGCUACUUUCGAGGUUACCUUUAAUAAAAACAGAAUUUUUCUGCACAAUGGGACCUCCGAUGAUCAUGUGUCCGAUGUGCUGCAACGAGACGUUUGAUAAUUUGCAGUCACUGAGAGAACAUUUGCUGAGUAUGACAAAUAAUUUAUACUGUCCAGGAUGCUCUCAGAGGUACGACACCAUGGAUGAUCUUAUUCAGCACCUGGAAAAGUGCACCGAUGAUGAUAGUCAUCAAAAAAACGAUGACAGUAUGUCAGUUCAAACGGACAGUCGUAAUUUAAAAGCAGAUAGGAAUGAAAUUCUUAUGGACACCAAUGUUGGAGAAAUAAAUUUUUUAAAUCCAGUUAACAACCAGCAGUUGCUGAUAUCUGACGCGCGAACUUUAGAAGUUGAUGAAAAUGGAGACAUAAAAGUUGUAGAUCCAUUAGAAGUAGCAAAUAAGCAGCUCAAACUAAAUAAUAUCCAAGAAGCGGACAAAGAUUCUCCUGUGAUAAGUAUUCCCGAAGUUCUCAACACUCAGAAUAAUAAUGAAAAUGUUCUAACGAUGUUGCCCGAGGACUCUGUUGAGUUUCUUGACUCAGAUCAGAGUUUGUUAGAAAUCCAGCAUCAAGAAGGUGAAUUGAAUGAUGAUGAAUUUAUGAAAGUCAAGCAAGAGUUGUGCGAGGUAAAAAUCGAGAAGGAAGAAGAGAUAGACUCUUCAACUAUCUACAACUGCAGCAGCUGUGGAAUAAGCUUUAACUCCGUGAUCGACCACAUAAAAGAAUACCACGAGGGCCAGGAUGUGAUCGUGGAGGUGAAUGGCGAUGGCGCAACAGAAGAAGCGACCGAGAGCCCGCCGAUAAAAGUCGAAGAAAAACCUCAGCGAGCACACCCGCGGCAGAAGAUGAACAUCCUGAGGUCCGAGCCUACAGUUGACUCUGAAGGCCGCGCAUUUGUGCGGAACGUCGUCCAGAUCGAGGACUUCUGGGAUAAAAAGGUGAAACCCGUGAACGCUAAGAUGAUAGAAAAAUUUUUCGCGAAUCCCGAGGCUCCGAAGCUGGCCAGGAAAAAUGAGAUUCCCCAGAGGAUGUACAAGUGCAAGCAGUGCCUGGAACAAUUUUCCAAACUCGCGGAUUUCCGGAACCAUGCUUGCUGCAACGGGUCUAAUCAGUGCGACCAUUGUGACCAGGCUUUCGCUACUGUUAAAGCACUCCAGUUGCAUAUGAAAGUCCACGGCGCCUGUCUGUCGCCUACUAAGAAGAACUUUGUCUGCAGGACCUGCGGGACUCAGUUCGCGUCACAUAAAAGUCUUAGACUUCACUCCAGGAUGCACGCUCCUGUUAAAGCUAGGCCUGUUGACGCUCCUGAAGGGAAACCUUCCACGCGCUUUACUUGUCAGGAAUGCGGUAAAACAUUGUCGGAGUCAUAUCGAGCUGCUCAUAUGUCGCUUCACGCUGGAGAUACUGUAACUUGCGCUGUCUGCAAUCGGAAAUUCGAUUCGGCAGAUAGUCUGGCUAUGCAUGCAGCAGUCCACCCUGAGCUGGGUGUCCAGGUGCCAGCGAACCAGUCAGAAGUUCCCGAGCAACAGUCGCCUCUUGGAGUAGCUGCGACGGAAGACGAUCAGGAUCAGACUAAGCCUUAUAAAUGUCAGCACUGUGGAAGAAGAUUCACUAGGCCGCACGAGAAAGUAAAGCAUGAGCGGAUACAUACUGGGGAAAAGCCGCAUGUCUGCGAGGUGUGUGGAAAAAAAUUCCGAGUAUCAUACUGUUUAACUCUGCACAUGCGAACCCACACCGGAGUCCGUCCUUACGAGUGCCAGCACUGUCAUAAGCGUUUCAAAGCUUCCUCGGUGUACAAUCACCACCUGCUGACCCACGGCGAGGAGCGGGCGUACACUUGCCCUCACUGUCCCAAGAACUUCAAAACUCGCGUCCAAUUAGCGGGUCACAAAAAUAGUCACACGAAGCCUUUUCAUUGCACGGAAUGCACGCGACCUUUCGCUUCUCUUUACGCAGCCAGAGCUCACAUUGCAACUCACAAAAAGGAGAAUAAUCUAAAAUUCACCUGCCACCUCUGCGGAGCUUCUUACGGGCGGGCUUUUGCUCUUAAAGAUCAUCUUAAAACCCACAAGGAAGAGACCGAUGAAGCUUUACCACCUGAGCCAGCUCACGAAGAAGAAAUAAAUCAAGAUUUUCUACUCGAAGAAGAUGAAAUGAUUGAAGAAAUUUUAGAUAGUUAAUAAUUGUUUUUUUGUUUAGUUGUUCAUCCAUUUAAAAAAUAAUUUUUCUUAUAAUUAUUGAUAUUUAUGUCUAUAAAUCUGUUGUUCAAAUUAACUUUCAAAUUUGAGGAUUUAAAAGUUUAUAAGUUUAUUUAAUAUACUAAUUUAAUUAAUUAUUU